AUGCCCCAGACCAAUGGUGUGGCUCGUCUCAUCGACGUGGUGGAGGAUGGCAAAGCCUAUUACGUGGUGAUGGAGCGCGCUGGAGGUUGCGAUCUCUAUGAGUGUCUGUCUGGCGCACCAGAGCGACGACUCCCGCCCCACGAGGCCAGAGAGGUGCUGAAGGAGCUCCUCACUGCUGUGGCAGAGCUGCAUGCCCAUGGCUUCAUCCACAAGGACCUCAAGCUAGAGAAUGUGAUGCUGAACAAGCCUGGACCAAAGUGUCCUGCGCACAUACGACGAAAUCUGGCAACCAGUGCGGGGCCAAGCGUGAAGCUUAUCGACUUCGACACUGUCGAAGAAUGGAAUUCUACAAGCCCCAAGUCCAAGCAUGUGCUUGGUACAGAUCAGUAUAUUGCCCCAGAGGCCUACGAAGGUAAGUAUUCGCCUGCCUCCGACAUUUUCGCCGUUGGAGUUAUCGCCUACAAGAUUUUGACUGGCUCGUUCCCGUAUAACGGGCGCCUUUUUGACGACAAACCUGGUGAAAACUGGGUCGGAUCGCCCAAGAUGAAAGAGAUCCGGCAGAAGUUGUGUGAUGCAAGGCGCCUCGUUCUUUUCUUGAACCCUGGCCUAGCCUCUGGGCCCGCUGGUAGAGGUCUGAGAGCAAUGGCCGGCUCAGAGAAGCCUUUUGACAACCUACAAGAGCCUCAGUUCACUCAGAGGGGAGAUGCUGGAGUUCUUGAAUGUAAGGAUCGGCUGCGAAACGAAAGCACCACCGCGGAGACGGAAUGGGCCAACGCCACCCGCGCAGUCGCCGCAGCUCGGGCCAAGGAUGAUGAGCUCCGUGCCGAGGUCAAGUGGCGCACGGCAGAACGAACAGCCGCCGAGCGUGCAUCCAACGAGGCAGAGUCAAGAUUUCAACUGGCAAAGGAAGCACUCGCGCAGGCUGAGAAGCAGUGUAUGCUCGCUGCUGCAGCUGCAACGCAGAAGCAGAGUGCACUGCGUCAACUGUCGGAGUUUGAGUCUGCCAUGCAACAUCAGGCGAAGCUCGUCGAGCAGGCGAGAGCAGAGGUCCAGCAAGCAAAGUCAGAGGCUUCAAGUCGGCAGCUGGAGGUGGAAAGUCUACGCCAGGACUUGAGCAAUAUGAGGGCUCUCUAUGAGCGGGAGAAGAUGAGCACCCAGCGGCAUGCCGAGCUCCAGAAGGAGCACGAGGCGCUUGUGCAAGAGCUUGAACGUCUCCGCAGUCAACUGUCGGCCGCCAAGGCGAGUGGCACCGAACUGCAAGCUUCCCUUCGCCAAGCCAAGGCUGAUCAUGAGCUCCUGGCCGCAGAGCUGGGAGCUGCGAGGGCCCGCGAGGCGGGCCUGGAAGGCGAGCUUGCUGCGGUCCGUCGCACUCUCUCGUGCACCAAAACAGAGGCGUCAAUGCUCCGAACGAAGCUCGAGGCUUCACCUCCACCUUCGCAGACGCCCCGAGUUCCUGCCGGAAACGUGGAGAUUGAGAGGGGCACUGGUAUGGCCUCACGUUGUGCACCUUCUGAGCAGUGGGGCACGUCGAGGGGCACUGACAGGGUGAAGUCACAAGAGGAGAUGAAGUUGCUCCCGCCUAGGGAAAUCUAUCCUGCUCGGCUUGUGGAGAAGAAGCCUAUAGAAGUUGUCUUUGAAGUGCAGCACCCGCAGCUAUCCGCAAAGCCACUGACAUGCCCCAUAGCUGAGAAGCCUGAAUCCUCUGGGGCAGCAGUGAGCCUAUCAGAGGGGUUCAAGCGCAAGGUGUCAGAGGAUCUGAAGGCCGAAGUUGUUUUCGACGACUUCCCUGACACGCAGGAAGACCAAGAGGAGCCCGAGGUGAAGUGCCCGCGGCUUACGAAACCAGGUCCAACCGCCGCAAUCUCCUGCACACCAGAGUCCGCGGGCUUUCCGCAGCUACGGCAGCUACCGCCAAAGGCAUUGCCCUCUCCUGUCCCGAGAGCUGUGACUCCAGCUUCGGGAGCAGGACAGCUCUUGGAGCAGCCAAAGCCCAGCAUCGCUGCCCUUGAACACAUCGAUCCAGCAUUGAGAGCUUUGAGCACACCUGGAACUGCAAAGGUGGCGGGCAACGGGGCCAUCACACCUGGGACAUCUGAAGUUAACACGCACCUGCUCUCAGCGCUGCAGUUUCAGGCAGGAGCUCCGCAACUCCAGCCAGGCCUUCCAGGACCCAGCGCCACGCAGCCGCACAACAGCUCCGUGACUGCAAAGGCAGCCACGUCUGGCAGGCGCUGUAAGCGCUCCAAGGAGGAGGUCCUGCGAAUGGCUCGAUCAAUGUAUUCGGUGAAGCCGUCGGCAAAGCAGCUGCGUAACCCACCCCUGAAGCUGUAUCCAGCUCACGUGGACUAUGUCCUCACGAACUGGGAGCGGUACCCGACUGCUCAGAGCGCCAGGCAGCUGGAAGCUGCGCAGGCCAAAGCCGUGCCUCGUUCCGUGCCGAGCUCUCUGCCCACGUCGAGGAUGGCUCCAAGCACCAACCUGGGGUUGACACCAGAGCGGGCUGCUCCGACCACGCCCACCAGCUGGCAACAUGUACAGCACUUCCUCCAGGCUCAAGUGCAGAGUGCGCGGAGCAGCUACCCCAGCGGUCUUGUUUCCCCCGGCUCCAAGACUAAGACAACAAACAGGGUCAGUUUUAGCCACGCCGUCUUCGAGAAAGAGCCUGGUGCGCAACGCCUUGUGUCACGGAUGCUGGCGGCCCUGCCCUCAGCAUUUGGCUGA